AUGACAAAGUUUGCUGGGAAUUACGUGGCUAGCAUGUACGGGAAAAUAUUGGAGGAGCUCACGUAUUCUCUUAACUUUACCUUGAAGAUCGUCUCGCAAAUGAGCGAGCACGGUAUGUGGGAUGAACAGAAUCAGACGUGGUCCGGAGUGAUGGGCGAGCUUGUAUCGGGUCGUGCGGAUUUCGGUAUCGCCGAUAUGUCGAUGACGAGCUUUCGGGUACGCUAUGUCGAUUUCACGCUGCCCUUGAUCAUAUCCAGAAACGCUCUGUAUUUCAAGGAACCGGGGAUAUGUGGCGUCAAGUGGCUCGGCUAUUUUCAGACAUUCAAUUCGUGCACGUGGGCUACGAUUGUCACGCUGAUAGCGAUCGCGCCGCUUCUCCUAUCCUACAUGAAAACAAUCCGUGAAUCUGGAAGCAUGAUGGAACUGAUCUCUGAGAAUUUUAUCUGCAUUUGGGGUAUCUUCUGCCAGCAGGCGCUUAAAGAGUUUCCGAGAAGAACGUCGCUGCGCAUCGCGUACUUGACGAUAUUUUUGACAGCGGUGUUGGUAGCGGCUCACUAUUCGGCGGCGUUAGUCUGCUUCCUAACGGCGUGCACUCGCGUUCUGCCCUUUCAGACGAUAGAAGAAUUCGUCGACGCGGGCACUUAUAAAUUAAUCGUUCUACGCGGCAGUGCCGACUACGACUUAGUCGCCGUAUGCAAUGAGAGAAGGGUUGCUUAUAUGCUGCUAAGCGCUGAGAAGAAAACCGUAGAAAUGAGGAUACCCUGUAAACUGUCGUCCAUCAAUACCGAACGGAUAGGCAACUUAGGAAUGGUCCUGUCCAAGAACAACCCAUACACAGGCGUGAUAAAUUAUCAUUUGCAGAAAUUUUCGGACAACGGUAUGAUGACGCGUUUGAAGGAUACGAGAUUUUUGCCGCAAUCGGCCGAAGACAAGACUUUCGUGCCGGUGCGCUUGGUUAACGUCGCCCCAGUUUUGGCGUUUCUCUGCGGAGAUUUGAACACGACGACAUUGGUGUACACGUGGUCGCGCGAAUUCUCACGACACCGAGUCAUGACCGUGACCAUAACUUUCUCGGACCUGAGGAGUGAGUACAACGAGUACUGGAAGAACGUCACACAGCCGUUGUUUGUCGUUCUCCUCGACACCGAGGAUACCAUGGGCGAGUUCGCCGAGACCACGAGGAGCAUAAAGCCCAUCUCUUUUCCCAUUUGGCUCGUUAUGUUUCUUCAGCGUCCUGGGAAUCCUCUCGAGGAGCGCUGCAGACAUCCUACCGAAAACGUAUUCAACGUGGACUUCAGCACCCAGAUGCUGGUUCUCUGCUACGCUCGCCCGAUUCUAGUCGAGUGGUACGCCAUUCGCGAUAAUCGCACCAGAACGUUCGACCUGGCCUUGUGGUCCCCCGAUAGAGGUUUACUUUUAAGGACGCGAAAGUCCCUCUACGCUAGAAGGAGCGACAUGUUCGGCGAAGUUGUACGCGUUACGUCCGUGAUCAACUCGCCGCUGAUCUCGCACGAGAACGGUACGGUCGGCGGGUUUUUCGGUCUGUUGCUGAUAGAGCUCAGCAAAGUGAUGAACUUCACGGUGGAGAUUCUGGAUCCGGUAGAGGGAUUCGGUACCUGGAGCAAAGAGAAGAAGGUGUGGACAGGUGCGAUCGGCCAGUUGGUGGCCAACGAAGCUGAUAUCGGCAUCUCCGCAUUCACGAUGAUGAGUCACAGACAAGACGUUAUCGACUAUACGAUACCAUUGAUACGCUCGCGAUACCGCCUUUAUUUUAAGGAGCCUAACACAGCCUUGGUGGAAUGGUCUUUAUACUUAAAAGCAUUCAGCUCUGGAACUUGGAUAACAUUAUUAAUGACAAUAAUAACCGCUUCUAUUCUGUUGACUAUCAUGAAGACAAAAGGAUACCUUUCGAUGAACCUAAUGGUCGAGAACUAUAUUAAGGUUUGGGGUAUUUAUUGCCAGCAGGGUUUGCCAGUAAUUCUGGCCAUCUAUUCCGCCUCGUUGAUCAGCUUCCUAGCGCUCUGUACGCCCAAACUGCCUUUUUCCACUUUGGAGGGUUACGUUAAGGAUGGCUCUUACAAAUUAAUUGUGUUGCGAAAUAGCGCCGAGUAUGACGUUCCUACUCACGUCAAGGAUCCCGUUUUCCUGCAAAUGUACGAAUUGUUAGAAGAAAAGUAUUUGCCGCUGUCAACGACGGAGGGAUUCAAGAAACUCUGCGAGAGAAACAAGUUAGCGUUUUACACGACGGAGAUAUUUAAAGAGGCUAUUAACAUUUAUAUACGGUGUAGAAUCGUAUAUAUUGAGACCGGAAGAAUCGACAAUUUGGCGAUAAUUCUAACGAAAGGAAAUCCUUACACUGGCUUCAUGAAUUACCACUUGCGGAAAUUGCAGCUUAAUGGCGUUAUACAUAAAUUAAAGAACAAGUAUCACAUACGAAGGAAUCAUCCGAGUGGGGUACAUUACGGUUUGGUCGAAUUAAGCGAUGUAAUGCCAACUUUGGUGAUGGUGGCGGCCAGUAUGGUCCUGGCACUUUUUAUCUUGAUAAUCGAGAAAAUGUAUUAUUCGUUUAAAACUCGAUGCUCUAAGAACAACAAAUUGUCCAUUAAAAAAUUGAGUUAUAAUCUCGGCGUAAGGAAUAAGUUGCGAAAGGGAAACGAGAGAAAUUUAAACCUUCAAGAAUUUUAUAAUACGAGACCGAUCGGAUAUUGGCCAUAA